UUUACCCGUUUCGGCUCUCCUUCCCCAACGUCUCUCUACUCAUUCUCUUUUCACAGGAGGAAGUUUUUAAGUAAACCGAGUUCUUCUUUCUUCAUUUUUUCUCAGAAACAAUCUCUUUUCAUAGUUCAGAGGUGUUCUUCGUUUUUCCCUUUACAAGGAUGCACAAGAAACGAUUCAAAGGUCUAAAUCCUCUCUUUUCACGGUUCAGAGGUCUUCUAUGUUCUGCUCUUUCCAAGGGCGCACAAGCAACGAUUCAAAGACCUACAUCCAUAGGUGCAGAAUCGAUAGGUGUAUGCUAUGGAAUGCUGGGCAACAAUUUGCCACCGCCCGAACAAGUUGUGGCUCUCUACAAAGCCAACAACAUCCAGAUGAUGAGACUCUACGAUGCAUAUGAUAAGAAUCGAGACGGUCUUCAGGCUCUGAAAGGCUCCAACAUUGAAGUAAUGCUCGGCGUUCCAAACAGUGAUCUUCAACGCAUGGCCGGCCAAGACCUCACCCCGGCCUAUGAUUUCGUCUAUGGCAAUGUGGUAGACAACAAAGACACCAUCAACAUCAAAUAUAUUGUGGUUGGUAAUGAAGUUAGCGUCCAAGAUUUCCCAUAUGUCCUCCCCGCCAUGAAAAACAUCCAGGGAGCAGUAGAGAAAGCCGGUUUACAAGACAGAGUGAAGGUGACAACAGCCACUUACACAGGAGCCCUUGUUAAUACCUACCCUCCUUCGGCCUCUGUCUUCAGUGAUGAAAUCAGGCCAUACAUGCAGCCCAUUAUUGCCUUCUUAGCACAGACUGGGUCACCUUUCUGUGCUAACAUUCACCCUUACUUCAGUUAUAUGCUCUACUCACAAAAUAUUAGGCGUGAUUAUGCUGUGUUCACUGCACCAUCUUUUGUUGAAGAAGAUGGAAAUCUCAAAUACCAGAACCUUUUCGAUGCCAUGUUGGAUUCUGUGUAUGCUGCUAUUGAGAAGAUCGGCGGGUCCUCUGUGAGGAUUGUUGUGUCUGAAACUGGUUGGCCGAAUGUGGGUGAUUUUGCAUCAACCACGGAAAAUGCACAGGAUUAUUUGAACGGGUUGAUCAAACAUGUGAAAGGAUCAGGAACUCCCAGAAGACCCAAUUGGCCUAUUGAGACUUACAUAUUUGCAAUGUUCGAUGAGAAUACCAAGCCUGGAGCAGAACCCGAGAGACACUGGGGGCUAUUCUAUCCAAAUAAACAACCCAAGUACCAACUUAGUUUUUAAUUAUUGUGUCAUGACAUGAUGUUUUAAUUUGGAUCGUGAUGUGAAAAUAAGUGCUAGUACUCUUUUUUUAUUAACUUA